AUGAUAUAUACCAUAUAUAAACUAACUGUUUUUCUAUAUGUUGUUCAAUUAAACGGCUUCGUGACAACAACAUACAGUCAAAUGAUUGAUCAGAACAGCAUGGCUGAGACGAUCGAAAUUUGUUUUGAAGUUGGGCAUAGCUCAUCAAUUCGUUCGAAACCAACAACAAAUCAUAAUCCACCACGUACACACGACUGGAAAAUCUUUGUACGUUCGGCAGAGAUUCAUGGCGAUCUAAAUUGUUUAAUACAACGUUGUGUGUUUCAUCUACAUCCAGAAUUUCCCAAUCCUGUGCGAGAAUUGUUUACGACACCAUUUGCUGUACAAGAAAAUGGUUAUGCUGGCUUUUGUUUGCCCAUUGAAAUUUAUUUUAAAACCAAAAGAGAACCAAGGAAAUUUUUGAUAGAGUACGAUCUUGAUCUACAUCAAAAUGUUGAUGGACAGCCUUCGCGACAAAAAGAAAGUUAUCUACGAAAAUAUCGUUGCAGUUUUCGCGAUCCGGAUCCGGAAUUUCGCGAAAAACUACUUGCAGCUGGCGGCGUAAGUUAA